AAUGUAUUCAUCCCUUUGUUGCUUCAUUAACAAACUCCUUAAAUAAAGCUACCCAACUUUAUUAUCCUAGUUACCCAUGUAUCAUUUCUUUAAAAGGGGGAUUUCAUGAAGUUCUUUAUAAGAAUUGGUUUAUCAUUUUCUAUUUGCUUCAAUUAGUUCUCUCUACUUUUAUCCAUGACUUGGAAAUUUAUGCUAGUCCUAGCAUGGCUAACUACACUAGUUUGUUCUACGACGUCUUCGAAUAAGGGAGGAGAAAGUUAUGUUCGCGAUGCAUGCAGUGUGACUCGAUACCAGGACCUCUGCAUCCACUCGCUAACAUCAUUCUCGAGCACGGCCAAGGACAACCCUAGCAAGUGGGCCCGGGCCGGGGUCUCGGUGACAAUAAGUCAAGCCAAGGGUGUCACUCAAUCCUUGUUGAAAUUGAGGAAACACAAUUCCUCGAAAGGGAGAGGAAGACUUGCUAUUUUAGACUGUGUUGAAUGUUUGCAAGAUGCACUUGACAAUCUUCACAACUCACUUGGCGUGCUAAGAAAACUUAGCAGCCAAACUUUUAAUGACCAAAUGGCAGAUGUGACCACUUGGCUAAGUGCUGCUCUCACUGAUGAAGACACUUGCUUAGACGGACUUGAAGACAAAAGGAGAAAACAGGUUAAGUUACUCUUAAACAGAGUCACAAAUGUUAGUUAUAUCACUAGUAAUGCACUUGCUUUAGUCAACAAGCUUGCAACAACUGGACCACAAUGCUUAGAAAAUUCAUAGAACUUAGAGAUUUUUCUUGAACUCUAUGAAUUAAUUAGUAACCUUGUAACUGGCUGCUAUUAAUGAUUCUAGUACACUGAUAAUCUAAAAAGAAUCUUUAUAUUGUCAGUGUAUAUAUCUUAAGAUCCUUUUAUUUUAAUUAGUUGGUGGGUGAGUGGAACAGGGGUGGGGAGGUUCAGAAAAUGUUACUUGUAUUCUCUAAGUGACUCUUAUGUACCUAUGUUGGUGAACUAUUACUUCCUUAUAAUACCAUUUGG